UCUACGGAGCCUCGGCGGGACCUCCGCGGCCAAGAUGGCGGCGCCGGCUGGUGCUGUUAUGACUCCGGCCGGCGGCGGCGGCGGCGGCUCUUCUCUGGCCGGGACGGGCAGCAGCAACGGGGCUGGCAUGGAGGUGGACGCGGCGGCGGCGCCGGCGGUGAUGGCGUCGGGCGUGACGGGCAGCGUGUCGGUGGCGCUGCACCCGCUGGUCAUCCUCAACAUCAGCGACCACUGGAUCCGAAUGCGCUCGCAGGAGGGCCGCCCCGUCCAAGUGAUCGGGGCCCUGAUCGGCUGCCAGGAGGGCCGCAACAUCGAGGUGAUGAACUCCUUCGAACUGCUGUCGCACGCCGUGGAGGAGAACGUGGUGAUCGACAAGGAGUAUUAUUACACCAAGGAAGAGCAGUUUAAGCAAGUGUUCAAGGACCUGGAGUUCCUAGGUUGGUAUACCACUGGUGGCCCCCCCGAUCAGUCUGACAUCCAUGUCCACAAACAGGUUUGUGAGAUCAUUGAAAGCCCCCUGUUCCUCAAGCUGAACCCCAUGACCAAGCACACCGACCUGCCAGUCAGUGUCUUUGAGUCGGUGAUUGACAUCAUCAACGGAGAGGCCACAAUGUUAUUUGCUGAGUUGACAUACACGCUAGCCACAGAGGAGGCAGAGCGCAUUGGAGUUGAUCACGUGGCACGGAUGACAGCAACAGGCAGUGGGGAAAACUCCACAGUCGCUGAACACCUCAUUGCGCAGCACAGUGCCAUAAAGAUGCUCCACAGCCGUGUCAAACUUAUUUUGGAAUAUGUUAAAGCCUCAGAAGCAGGUGAGGUACCUUUCAACCAUGAGAUCUUGCGAGAAGCCUAUGCCCUUUGCCACUGCCUGCCUGUACUGAGCACGGACAAAUUCAAGACAGAUUUUUAUGAUCAAUGCAAUGAUGUGGGCCUCAUGACCUAUCUGGGCACCAUCACCAAGACCUGCAACACCAUGAACCAGUUUGUGAACAAGUUCAACAUCCUCUAUGACCGUCAGAGCAUUGGGCGCCGCAUGCGAGGACUUUUCUUCUAAGAUUUGGUGCUCCCUAAUAAAGUGGUUGUGCUGACUGAGA